UCUGUAGUUGGUAUCACGUUGGUUAUAUAUAUAUUCUCUGCGUAUAUAAUAUCUUCUUUCUUUGUUUGCGAAUGGGGCUCCGGUCGCGCGAGUUGCGAGCAUUGCGAGUUGUUCUUUGCGCCACUUCUACGGCUUAUUCUACUAUGAAAAUAUGGCUGGUAUCGGGGUACAAGUUAUACAAUCUGCUGGAAAAACAAUGAUUUCGCGUAGUUCAUACUCAAUGUUGCGUCGUGCUCAAUACAACAUCGUAACAAAGAGUGUAAAAUACAGUUCGAAUACACACGACUCAGAGAAAGAUCCUGCUCCGUUUUUUUUCAAUGAGGACGUUCAAAAUCUUCUGAAAACCCUAAUACGUCCUAACAACGAAAAACUGUUCAGAAAGCGCAAAGAUGGUAAACCCAUUGAAGAUGCUGUCUAUAAAUUCAUGACUGAUGAAGAAUUGAAAAAACACAUAAACGAAGCUGACGAACGAGGCUUGAGACGACUUCAAAUGCCUCCUGUUGUUAAAAGACGAACGGAUAUUCAACGCGUUUUAUCCAAAGAUCCAGCUCUCCAAGGUCACGACACUGCAAAAUAUGUUUUCACUGAUAUAACUUAUCCUGCCAAUGAUUAUCAGAGAUUGAUUGCUAUAAGAGAAAUCGAUGGUACUCUCAGAACAGCCACAUGGGACGAACGCCAUCGUAUCAAUCAAAUUUACUACCCAAUUAAGGGCAGACAAAUCCGACAUCCUAAAAUGUUUCAAGAAGAAUAUUUGAAGGAUGUAUUGGAUCGGCGAGAAUAUGAAUUUAUUUUGGACCGAGCGUGUCUACAGUACGAACCAAACGAUCCGGAAUAUCAUCGCAUCACAGAAACUGUUUAUGCAAAAGUUAACGAGGAGGCGGAUUUUGAUCGUUUGCGUUCCACACGACAUUUUGGUCCACUGGUUUUUCAUCUUGUUUGGACAAAAAAUAUAAACCAUCUACUCCUCGAAAAUAUAAAAACAGAAAGGCUCGAAGAUGCGGUUUUAUUGAUCAAGCUAUAUAAUACAGUUCAUCCCGAUGCAUUAUCUGCUACAUUGGACUAUAAUGGUGACAAUUUGAAAUUCCUAGAAGAUUAUAUUAGUCUCGAGCCGUCGAAGAAUGGAAGAUUGGUGCUGUCGUUACAAGCGUUGAAAGAAGUAUUGAAUGCCAGACAAAUUAUCGAAGAAGGUGUCAAAAAAGCACAUGGCUUAUAAAAAUAUGUCACUCUUUGUGAUUGAAUAAUAAAAAAACAAAAAAAAACGA